CUGCAGGUCACGUGUUUGCUGCUCAUGGUGGUGCUCUGUCUCACGUCACCCGUGUUAUUGUCCCACGCCAGGUCUCCCCGUGAAUGCACGCCCACUGUGAGUUCGCCGCCGCGUGCACCGCGAUCAGCCCUCCGGUCGGGAACACGAGGCGAGGACAUUCUGCCCGCCCUGAAACAGGAGUCCGGGAGAUCCUGCACACAGAGCUGUGGGGGGUAUCCACCCGGCGGUACUCCCCACUAUUUAUAUGUUUACUGGCUGAACCGGCUGCCAGACCCACUGCAUUAUUAGAAGAUUGAAACCCUGCAUUGUGGGAGAUUCUGCUGGUCUAAUUGCAAGACCCUACAAUCGUUGUCUAUAUAGGACCUUGAACUCCUGCAGUGUUGAGAUUGCUUAGACGUGGGAGACCAUCAGGUUUUUUUUUGUUUUUUUUAUACUAAAGUGGAAUUCAAAGUAAAUUUCAAGUUUAAAGGAACACUAUAGUGUUAGGAAUACAAAACUGUUUUCUUAACCCUAAAGUGCCUCCAUGGGGUGGUAAUUAAAGGGGUUAAAAACCCUUUAUUUAGUAACAUGAUUCCUGCCACACCCACAUUAUCAAUCCUUUCCUAUGAUUAUUUUGAAGACGCUGGACAUCCAACAUCAUUUCAUGGAGUUAAGUGCUGUAAAAAGCCAGAACGCACCUCUAGUUGUUGUUGAAAGACACAGUUCCCCUUUAACUCUGCGAUGUAAACAUUGCAGGUUCUAUGAGACUGCAAUGUUUUACCAUGCAGGGUUACAGGGACAGGGGUACUUCACACAGAUCACUUCAAUGAGUGGUCCUUUACAGACCAAAGUGGCCAAACCCGAAGCAUAGUUGAUUUGGAGAACUUUUCUAGUUCAGCUUUACUGGGACACUAUAGUCAUUUGAAUUUAAUGUAGUGGUUCUGGUGCCUAUAGCCUGUCCCUGCAGGCUUUUCAAUGUAAACAUUUCCUUUUCAGAGAAAAGUAACACCUGUAGUGGCAAUAACUCAGAUGGCCACUAGAGUGGCUUCUUAUAUCAGUGCUGCACUGUGUACAGCACCUGUGUUCAGGAUCUCCAUUAAUCAGUUCACGAGGAGAUGCUGAUUGGUGCAGCACAACAUUUUCCUGUGCAUGGAUUGGCUGAGAUUGUCAAGAUUGAUGAUGGAAGCGGGACCAGCCGUGGUGAGACCGGUGGAGAAAAGAUAAAUUGUAUCUAAAAUCAGAGGGGGGCACCGGAUGGUGGGGCACAGGCACCCCACACAGUUAAGCCGACCUACAGCUAAUUCGGCAUACUUCUGCUGUGGCAGUGUCACCAGAAGCAAAGGGGUAGGGAAUUUUCACGGGUGUAAAGGAUAGGAGCCUAUGUCCCUCCAUCUUGUCUCACUACGCUAGUUUUAGUUAUUGUGCGCGUGCAGCAGAUAGCAAAGUCAGUCAGGGAAAUAUGAUAAAACAUUGGUCCUGGCAUCAGCAUACAGUGACAAGCUAUCACAGUGUUCUGAUGCUUAUCAGCUCAUGCAGCACUGAGAAUUGUACCCAAAAUAGGGACUGUCCUUCCUAAACAGGGAUAGUUGGGAGAUAUGACUAAGGGUUUUGAAAGAUAAGCACGUUAAUGAAUUGAUUAGAAGCAAUGUGGGAACACUCCAGGCAGUCAGAUGAGCAUGAUGGAUUCCUGGUUUACUAAGCACACUAGCAGAAGUGAAGGGAUUCCGUAGGGAAGCAUUCUCCUAUACCAUUCACUAUAUAAAGAAUUGAAAAGAAUAGACAAAUUGGCAAAACUCACUUUUCCCAGCACGGCUAGUUUGAACUUCAAUUCACUGUUUAGUGAACCAAUCCUAUGGUUCUCUUAUUUUGCUGUUUACUUACCUGCGUUUGCUCUUCUGGACAGCAGGGGACCCAGGGAGCAGCCUGGAGCCUCUAUACAGAGCAGGACCAGGAAGAGAAUGUAACAUGCAGCCUUUGGAAAAAGGUGUCCUUAAAUUCAGCCAUUGUGGCAGAGACAUUUAUUGCAGCCUCAUCCCAGAGCUGUGCCCUGUGUGUGGGCAAAGUGCUGUAAACUCCUGGAAGCUGGAAGACGCACCUGUCAGCAUUCCCAGCCCUUUCCUGAAUGGACACUGGGAAAAAUGCAGCUUUGUACUCAAACCAACAGCAGGCCUGUUUGGGUAAUAUUAUACACCUUCUGUUGUAUUACUAAAUGUAUAUAACUCUCCAUGUUGGAGCCAUUUGUUUGUUGGGUGUGUGAAUAACUUAUUAUUAUUUAUUUUUUUAAACUGCAUGUUUUUCAUUACAUAUAGCAUGCAAUGAGUUAAUCUGAGGAAAUCAGGACAAGAUCAUUUGGGGCUAGUUGUGGGAAAUCAAUGGCAGUAUUCCACUAAAGGUGCAGUUAUCCAGAUACUGUAGGUAUUAUCUGUUGGCUACCCUACACUAGCCAGGAAUUAGGCCUACACUAGCCAGGAAUAUACUAAAUGUAUAUAACUCUCCAUGUUGGAGCCAUUUGUUUGUUGGGUGUGUGAAUAACCUUACACUAGGAACAAAGAUGUGAGAGAUAAUUCCAAGCAGGCAAGAAUGCAAAUCUAUUCCCCAGACCAUUAUUUAAGAUGAAAGACCAUUAAACUAAUGGGUGAUUUUAGGACUUGUGGACACUGUGCUAUUGUUACUAUACCCCAUGUUUAGAAGGGAGUAGUUCUUGGGACAAGCUUUUGCCCUCAUCUCUGACUUGCCAAAUUCUAUGAUAAUUGUGUAUUUUCACUUGUAGUAUCACUCCUAAGUAGCCAUUUAUAAUACCCUCAAAACAUUCCUAAACUCACUGCAUUAUAAAUGGAUCCUGUUGACGCUCUUUAUUGAAACUCUAUUUUCCUCAUCACAGAAACAUUGGACAGCAAUUUGAUGUUUGAUAAAUGUGCAUCUGCUAUCAUUUUUUAUGUUUUGGCAAUUCAUGGACUUUUUAAGUUUAAAGGAUCACUAUAAUGUCAGGAAAACAAAGCUGUUUUCCUGACACUAUAGUGCCCUGAGGGUGCCCCCACCCUCAGGGUCCCCCUCCCGUGGCGCUGAAGGGGUUAAAACCCCCUCAGCAGCUUACCUUAUUCCACCGGCGAGCUCCCUCAGCGCUGGUGACAUCAGCUCCCCCGUCUGACGUCAGCGGAGCCAAAUGCACAUGCGCGGCAAGUGCCACACACGCAUUCAAAGUGUCCAUAGGAUGCUUUCCUAUGGACGCUCUGCGCGAUGGAGGCAUAAUAUGCCUCCAGCGUUGCAGAGGCGCCUCUAGUGGCUGUCCGGAAGACAACUAGAGGCAGGCUUAACCCCAAAUGUAAACAUAGCAGUUUAAAACCUGAGGGACCUGGCACCCAGACCACUUCAUUGAUCUGAAGUGGUCUGGGUGACUAUAGUGUCCCUUUAAGUUAACACUGACAAAGAAAUAAAAAAAUUGCAUCAAGUUAGAAAAUUCAGCUGUUCUAAUUGUGUCUUUCAGGGAAUAUGAUGGGUGCUCCGAUCUUCACGUUGGGAUAUCAAGCACCAGUGGUGAGAUACUGCAUUACAUACACUUUUUUAAAUGUACAAUCCACGUAACCCAGCUUCAUGUUUAUUCCCCUGCAUGUACAGGCCACAUGUGUUAAGAGUGCCAGGUUUGUUACGUUUAGAAGACAUGAAGGUUAUUUUGUCAUUUCCUAUUCAACCUGUUGUAACAUUAUAUUCACGGGGGCUUAGAAAUAAUCUAUUAGCAUGUAUUCUUCUGUGCUGAAUAAAUAAGAGAGUGACUGACUACUGCACAUGACUCAUAUGCAGGAGCCUCACAUAUGGUUACUGAAGUAAUGUCAAACAGGGGGUAACCCUUACUGAUCAAUAUAGAAGCAAAAAAUAGUUAGAGAAACCCAGCAGAGUGGAAGUUUCACUACGAGAUUACUAUAAAUGGGUAGAAGCCACUUUAUUAGGAUAAAAACAUAGAACUUUAUUAGCUAAGAUUAAAAAGGAAAAAACGUGUCUACAAAUGUGGACAAACUAGUGUGUCUAGUGGGCUGAAUGUAUUGUAACAACAGAUAUUCUUUAACAGAAAAAAGGGGAUUAACCACUGUUAGAUAUAAGGUCAGUAAAGAACUAGUUAAUACAUAUAGAUCACAUAGAAGAGGAGUGUCAGAAAACUGGACACUCUGUGUCUAGGCAAAGGUGCUGCAAUAUAUCAGAUAGAUUGUUACAAAGUAUUAUUUAAGAGCUCAUGCUUAGGAGAGGUUGAAAUUAAGUAAUCAUUUUACUGAUGUGGUAGUGGGCAGGGAGUAAGUAUAGAUGCAGUUAAUUUUAUUAAAGGACCACUGUAGUGCCAGGAAAACAAACUCAUUGAUUGUGAGAGGGAGGGGGGUAAUGAGGGGAGAGGGGUGUGAUUGAUUGUGAGAGGUGGGGGGGUGAUGUGAUGAGUAGAGAGAGGGGGGGUGAUGUGAUGAGGAGAGGGAGGGGGGGAGAUGCAGGGGGGAUUAAAAAUUACCUUAAAUCGCUGGUGGUCCGGUGCCUAUCAUUUCCGGUCUGCAGCUCCGCGGAGCUGCAGACCAUGGAUCUCGCAAGACCCAAUCAGAGCGUUGCCGUAGUAACUUGCGGCAACGCUCUGAUUGGGCAGUGCUCGCGAGACACAUGGUCAGCAGCUCUGCACAUUGCGUAGCUGCAGACCUGUUUUGGCGAUGGGCGCAGGAGGGGCAUUGCAGUCUGUCCCGGGCUCCCCCUAGUAAAUUGGCACCCGGGACUGCCCCCUCCCCCGCAGUACGCCACUGGGUACUGGGAACUGCCUCGAAGCAGUUCAAGGGAGUUAUUAGUUUAUCUAGUAUUAAGAUUUAUUUAUCUAAUUUUAUUAGGAGUCAUAGGCAGAGUACAUAUUGGUGUUCUCUUCAUCACUUAGCGCUGCCGUAUCGUUACUCCUUUUUCUAAGUAUCCAUCUAAUUAUGCCAUUAUGGCUCAAACGGUUUAUUUAACGUGUAUAUCUUUUAUAUAACUGCAUCUAUACUUACUCCCUGCCCACUACCACAUGAGUAAAUUGAUUACUUAAUUUUAACCUCUCCUAAGCAAGAGCUCUUAAAGGACCACUAUAGUUGGCACUAUAGUGCCCUGAGGGUGCCCCCACCCUCAGGGACCCCCUCCUGCCCAGCUCUGGAAAGGGGUUAAAACUUACCUUUUUCCAGCGCUGGGUGGGGAGCUCUUCUCCUCCGAUCCUCCUCCUCUCCUCCCCGUCGGCUGGCUGCGCAUGCAUUCAACCGGUCGCAUAGGAAAGCAUUAUCAAUGCUUUCCUAUGGACGCUUGCGUGCUCUCACUGUGAUUUUUCACAGUGCGAAUCACGCAAGCGCCUCUAGCGGCUGUCAAUGAGACAGCCGCUAGAGGCUUUGGGGGAAGGCUUAACCCAUUCAUAAACAUAGCAGUUUCUCUGAAACUGCUAUGUUUAUAAAAGAAUGGGUUAACCCUAGAUGGACCUGGCACCCAGACCACUUCAUUAAGCUGAAGUGGUCUGGGUGCCUAGAGUGGUCCUUUAAAUAAUACUUUGUAACAAUCUGAUAUAUAACGGUAACGUUGCCUAGACACAGAGUGUCCAGUUUUCUGACACUCCUCAUCUAUGUGUAUUAACUAGUUCUUUACUGACCUUAUAUCCAAUAGUGGUUAAUCCCCUUUUUUCUGUAGAAGAAUGUCUGUUGUUACAAUAUAUUCAGCCCACGAGCGACACUAGUUUGUCCACGUUUGUAGACAUGUUUUUUUCUUUUUAAUCUUAGCUAAUAAAGUUCUAUGUUUUUAUCCUAAUAAAGUGGCUUCUACCCAUUUAUAGUAAUCUCGUAGUGAAACUUCCUCUCUGCUGGGUUUCUCUAACUAUUUUUUGCUUCCAUAUUCUUCUGUGCUGUUACUGUUUAGCAUGAAGAUACAUUGGACAGUAUGAGACUUGAAGGGUAGUGAUAGGACUCACAAAUGGUAGUAUGAGAAAUAUGCCAAAUGUUUAGUUAUACGGCAGACGUUAGAUAGAAGUCCUGUGCAUGGAAUUACUAAAUUGUCCUUACAUGUGCAGACAUAAUAUGAAAAUGCAGCACGCAUAAAAAAUAUGGGCUAAUACCCUAAUGAGCUUACAAAAUGUGAUAUAAAUGCCCAUUACAGAGCAUGCACAAUGUAAAAUGGUUUAUAAAAACUUUAUUUACUACGUUGGGGUGAACAGGGAGCAGUUGAAGCGUGAUCAAAGACAAAAGAACUCCAAGUAGGUCACAGUUAUAGGCAGGUCAGAACUAGGAUUAAAUGCACACAGGGAUAUUUACAUUUAUAUUUAAGGUGACAAUUCAGAGUUAAUUUCAUAUUUAUGGCCAACUUAACUGUACUGGAAAAAAAAAAAAUCUGUCAGCUACUUUGACAUUUUAAAGAGUUACGGCAACCCCUUUUUUCCUAUAUAUCUUUUUUUAAUAUAUAAAAUUUAGUGAGCCCAUUUUUAAAGAGAGACAGAUUAUAUAUAUAUAUAUAUAUAUAUAUAUAUAAUCUGUCUCUCUUUUUAAAAAUGGGCUCACUAAAUUAUAUGCAAGUCGCAUCGUUGCAAAAGGAAGGCAACGAGUGUGCACUUUAAUCCACCAAAUAAUGGGCCAUGCGCAAAACAUGCUCACAUUCCCACACAUUGAGAAACACAAACGCAUGCAAAGGCUGGUCAACGGCAUCCAGGGCUGAAACCAGAAAUGGGAAUAAUGCCACUGUGCCCUGCCACAGAUGGGUUUACAAUUAGCAUUUUGUUUGCUUUAUAUAAUUUGUUCACAAUAUACACAGUAGGAGUUUGUAUAGUGGUUUAUUUUGAGUGUUUACUGCCACUAUAAUCAAGGUUAUGUCACAACUGUUCUCAUGUAAAAACCCACAUCCUUUACUGCCUCCUGUAUUGAUUAGCAUUGGAGAUAAACUGGUUUAUAAACACAGAAUUAAAUCCAAAUUGCAAAACGUAGGCUACAAUAGCCAAGCUGGGCUUACUUUGUAUGGACUAGAAAACUGAUGCAUCAGAUUUAGUAUUGUAUUGAGGGGAUAAUAUACAAGGUGAAUGGCUGUUAAUGGAUUAGAUUGACUGCAAAUUAACCUAUAGGUGUUUGUUCCCAGGUUUUGUGUUUCAUUACAAUGAGACAGGCAUUCACAGAGAUGAUUUGGGCUGGGAGCAGUGUGUGAGUGUUCCACUUGUGCCACCAGAUAACUACGUGUUGUUCAACCAAUGGGAUUGCUACUUGCAGGAAUUUGCAUCAUUAGAUAAAUGGCUAUCGCUCAGGUAUGGAUUUAUUUAAAAACCAGAAAAUAACAAUGGAUUCACUAAUUAAGUUCAUAAACAUGCAAAGUUUAUGUUCAUUACUGCAUUUAUAUUAUAAAUAAGAAUAGUGGUCAAAUCCAGGUUAGAGUCAUCCUGUAAAACAGUUGUAACAUUAAUGAGAACCUGUUGAAAUAUUUGACCAAUAAUAUUAAUGUUGAGGCCUACAUCAAUGCAUAAAUUGUAAAGGAACACCCCCAAACCUGUAACCAUGUAACCUCAUUUAAGUUAUUGUGGGAGAUGGAGUGUCUGACUACAUUGCAAUAUUUUAUUUCCAAAUUUGGAGCUUCAGUGCCUGAUACAGCUGCUCCCUGGCUUCCUUCUUUUCACUGUAGUAUGAGAAAGGUUUAGCCAUUGAUAUAUUGAGAAUGUCACCUUAGUUGAAGGUAAGACAGUGCGCCUGCAUUUUAGUUGUUAAGGGUAUGGGUGUGUUCCUUUAAUAUAAAUGUUCAGUGUAUCAUGAUAUAGAUAUUUUUUUAAAAAGGAUAUUACAGUGAGUGAUUUCGUAUAGCCAAUAUUUGUCAAAUGAAUCCAUACAUGUCAUGUACGGUCACAGCCUAAUUUCAUCUGCAUUUUUUUUUUUUUUUUGCCAGUCCAAGUCUUAUUAAAAUUCUAGAAUUAAACUUAUUUUUAGAGUUGGCUGUAUAAUAUAUCACAGUAACAAUAUAAGAAAUGUAACUGCUUAACUCCUUCACCAACAGAUGGCUUGCCAAAAUAGCUUACAACAACCCCCAUCCAAGAGAGAGAGAUAUAUAUAUAUAUAUACACACACACACACACACACACACACACACACAGGUACCUCGGUUUACAAAUAAAAAUACAUUGAAAAUAAUGCCUAGGGUUACAAUAUUUUUUCGCAAUACAAAGCAAGCUUCCCCAGGAUGCAUUGCGCCUGAGAGGUUUAUAGCACCACUCCGUGCAUGCUGGAGUCUGUGGUUAGCGCGUGGCGUAGAGUGUGGAGGUGUUGGAGUGGCUUUUGCAUCAAGUUUUAGAGCCAUUCUGGAUUUUUUUUGCAGUGGUUUUUAGGACUUUUUUGGUGCAUUUCUCAAGUGGUGUAAAGGUAAGGAGCUGAGCUUUGUCAUUUGCAUGCCUUUUACUGUGUGUUCUACAUUGUGGGUUGGUUACCAUGCCAGCUCAUUUUGCCUUUUUCUGACCUCCAGAACGGAUUAAUUGGUUUUCAAUGCAUUCCUAUGGGAAACCGUGUUUCGUUUACGAAUUUUUCGCAAUAAGAAACGUCCCAGAGAACGCAUUAAACUUGUAAACCGAGGUACCACUAUAUAUGUAUAGUCUCCUUCAUAUCUUGUCUGGGUACAGACCCCUCUGAAUGCUAGCUUUCAGCAUCAACAAAGAGCGGCACAGGUCAGGCCACAAAGAUCUGCUGUAUGGGACCUCAAAAAUAAUAAUUUGCAAAUUAAAUUCACUUUCAAUAAUAAAAAUAAUGUAUACACAAUCCUGGGUAUGGGUGAAUACACAUGUUCUGACGUGAAGGGGGUUAACACCAUAACCAUUAUAGCUAGGGAUGCACCGAAAUUUUUGGCCGAAAAUGGGUCAAAUUUGCCGAAAUUAAUUUUGUUUUUAAUAUUUGUAGUGCAUAGUUUAACAGACAUGCUUGCAUUAACAAUUCAGAUGAUUAUCACAAAGAAAGAUAGUAAUGAUAAGUCAAAAAUACUGCACUUGGGACAGGGGAGAGGAGAAAAGAACACUAUGGGACAAGUAAGGGGGGGAGACUAAACGAAGGGAGAAGGGGAGUUUUUAAAAUUAGAUGAAUUAAAAAGUCUAAUAUUAAUAAAAUUAUAGGAUUUUUUUUUUUUUUUUAUCUUUUGGGGAAAGUCAUUUUUGGCCAAGGGCAUCCUGAAUUUUAAUUUAUGUGCAUCCCUAAUUCUAGCGAAUAUGAUGUUAAAAGUGCCCUGGUGCUGUCCGAGCUUAAUUUUUUUUUUUUUCUAGCCCAUUUUAGAACGAUGUGAAAACUUAUCUGGGCACCCACAACUCUGGUAUACCUUUGCAGGAGAAUCCAGUUAACUCUACUAGGAGACCCAGGAAAGCUGUCAAACUGUCUUAAAAAUUUAAAUAGGAGGGUGCCAGAUGCUUGGGAGUGUUCCUUUAAAAUGUCAUAUAUCCGAUCACCUGCUUUCUUGUGUCACAGAGUAUCCAGUUCUCUCUGUUUAUCAAUAUUUUAUUAAUGACUUUUUAGAUACAACGAGGAAGACCACAAUUGUUACACGUUUGCACUGCAGUUUAUCAAUACUAUAAGGACUCUUCAGGAGAAGCCACCACUCACUAAGAAAUAUUUUACAGAAAGAUUUGUUUUACCGCGGACCAGACGAGUAUCUAAAUAUAUGACUAUCUUUCGUGAGGUUUCCCAAAAUGAUUUCUAUAUAGUUGAAAAGCACUAAUUUUUUUUAUUUAUUUUUUUGGGACAGACAAGCUAUUUUGAAAUAACAAUUGGAAAUAUUUUCAGUUCCUUUUCAUGCAAUUGGAAGAAAAAAAAAACCAUUAAAUAUGUAAGGGUAUUCAGGUCUUCAAAGUGUAUUUUUACACUCACUCCAUCAAUGUAUCUGAACUUAAAUUUCAAGAGGCACUAAAAACAAAACAACUGUGGUUUUCAUGCAAGGACUAUAUUGAUGCAAAAAUAACAAGGAUAUCCUGGCUCUCAAAAAUCAUCCUCAGCAGCCUGGCACAAGGUGCUUCCACAUAAUGAGUCCAAAAUAUUUAAGUUAGGGGAUUUUUUUUUUUUUUUUUUUUUGAAGGGGGGGGGGGGGAAUAGCUUUGAAAAAAGGACAUCAUAGGCACCCAGAACUCUCCAUCUAAUUGAAGUAGUCUGGGCAGUGUCCCUGCUCUCUUAAACCUGCAAUGUAUAACAUCCUGCAAUGUUUACAUUGCAGGAUUAAGACUGCCUCUAGUGGCUGACUCCUAGACAGCCACUAGAGGCACUUCCUGCAAGUGCACAGAGUUUAAGCUCUAGAUGAAAAAAAUCCAGCAUGUUGAAAACCUUCCCUUAGGAAAGAAUGUAGUUAGUGCAUUAGGGUCUUGCAUCGCGCCAACGUCAACAGAGUUUGAUCCAGAGCCAAGUGACAUUGAUGCUUGAAUCAGGUGAGUAUUUAAAGGGUGUUUUUGGGGGGUUUAUUCCUUUAUCCCUGUGGGCGCGGGUGAUGGGCGGGUAGAGUGUUGGGGAAUACAAAACUGUAUCCUGGACACUUUAGUGUUCCUUUAACCUUUUCUGCCCUUUCAAAUUGACACAAGCUCCCAGUCACAGAGUCUAAAUCUUAUAAAUAUAGUUACUUGCUGGAGUUUAAUGUGAGAAAAAAGCAGGUAAAAAAGAAAAGAAAAAUUACACAUUUCUUUUGAAUGCUUUUUAUUAUAGCUCAUCCUGGUCGAUUCUCUCCCGUGAAGCAAUCCAGCGAUUUAAGAUCAAUUCCUACAAUGAGAAACAUUGUAUUAAAAUAGAUAUUGUUUACUGUAUAGCUUUUCUCUUGAGCUCUAGUCAACUGUGUGUGUGUAUAUAUAUAUAUAUAU